AAUACCAGGCACAAAGCCACAAAGCUUCUUCAUCAUCAUCUUCUUCCUAUUGAAGUUUGAACAAAUGGAGAUAUCAUCAUCAGCUCAUUGUUCUUUCUCCUGCACCAAACCCCAAAGCUACUCUUCUGCAUCUCUCUUUCACUCUUCCAAGCCAUUUUCUCACACUCAGAAAUCUGUUUCUUCAAUAAGCUAUGGAUUCUUCUCUGGAAAUAGCAAAUGGGUUAGAAUCAAAACAACCAAAAGGAUGAUAUUUGGACCGAUUCAAUCAUCUAGAGCUGAAAUCUCUUCCAAAGCUGAAAUUGGUGUCAAAUGGAUCCUUGAACCAGCAGGGGAUGGUGACUGGAGACACAUAGGUAAUAAGGUCUCUAUGCCUGAUGCAUUUGAAAUAGCUUCUAAUGUUGUCACAAUUGGUCGUGUUGCUGAGAGAGCUGAUAUAGUAAUUCCUGUUGCCACAGUUUCGGGUCUUCAUGCCCGAAUACAAAAGAAGGGUGGAAGCUUGUUCGUAACCGAUUUGGACAGCACAAAUGGCACGUUCAUUGAUGAGAAGCGACUUCGACCGGGCAUUGCCUAUUUGUUAGCUUCUGGAAGCUAUGUUAUUUUUGGGGAUACACAUCUAGCUUUGUUCCGAGCAAAGAAGCUUAAGAUUGCAGAAGCAUUAAGAAAACCGGAAGAGGUUGAAGUUGAGGCUGAGGUUAAGGCUGAGGUUGAGACGGAGACGGUUAAAGUGUCCAGCAAUGAGGCAGAAUCCGCCAGUUAAAUUACAAGAUUUUUUCCAAUGUAUUAUUUUUGCGCAACUGAACAAAAUACAAACGAUGUUUAUGAUAGAGAUGAUUUUCA